GUGGUCCAAUUAUUCAAGAAAAAGGACAUUUUAGACUAUUCAUAGCUCUACCUCAUUCGCUAGCACUUUGUUGAUAACAUUAUAUAAUGACAAAAAUGAUGAGCAAUGAAAAUCAUUCUGAGAAUAUGGAGUCCUCAAGCUUCACUCAAGACCAAGGGAAAGUCUCAGCUGAAGGUAAAAAUUCAGGCCUGGGUUUAGGCAAUGUGUUGUGCAAGACAGGAAAAGGUUGGACAUGUGUUAUAACCAGGACUGAUGGGCCUGAUGCUGGCAAAGUUUUCGUUAAAUGCGGUGAAAAUUGCACCUGUACACUUGAUGGUGGAGCUGUGUCACCUAAAAUUGAGAUUAGUAGUGACAAUGGCAGUGAGGUAUUCUGCAAGUGUGGUGAAGGAUGGAGUUGUUCCAUUUCCAGGACUGAAGGGCCUGAUGCUGACUCAGGCAAGGGCUUUGCUGAAUGCACUCAACAGUAUAACUGUGCUUGUAACUGUUGAUGACCUAUUGGCCCCCUACUCUGCUAUUUGGUUUUUAAAGUAAUUUGUAUUGAAUAAUGGGAUUAUCAGCAAUAUUAUGUGUGAUGUUUUAUGAAGAUUGUUUGCUACCUGUUUGUAAUUUGUAUGUGUUUGAUGAACUCAUAUGCAGAAAUCUAUGUUGUGUUGUCUCUUAAA